UCUCAAAACAGUUCUCCUUUCACAUCAGUUUUCACAUAAGCUCCGAAGCGCCAAGUCAAAUUAUAGAGAUAUUCACCCUUUUUUUUACACAAAAAUGCAACCGAAAUCUUUUACAAUUUCCGUGUUUUAUCUACUGACAUAAGUGAACAUAUAUAUAUUAUAUAUUGAAAGUGAACAUUUCAAAUUUUCUAGCUCCGUCUUGCUAAAAUUUAUUCCAGUUUUUUCACAAUAUUAUAUUGAAGCGGAAGAUGGAAUCCAAUAUGCCAGUCAAAAAGCAGAAGCCGAGUCCAAAAUUGCUAGCACAUCGCAUAAGUACCAAGGUUUUAUUACCGACCGUCUGUGAUAUUCUUCAGGAGCAAAAAGCCGCCGACUAUCUCGCUAUCCGGGACCAAUUGAAGAUCAAAUUGGGCCUGGGCUCCGAUUGCCAUAUUCGUCAACCCUUACUCCGCACGCUGAAGAAGGGACUCUUUCAGGAAAAAUUUAAAGUUAGAAAUGGGAAAUUUAGGCUUUUGCAGGAGAAACCCAAUAUUGAAGAGAAGUCGAAUCAAUCUGUGACCUUGGUAAAGAAAGAAAAUUUUAAGAGGCCAACUUGCAGUGCCGCCAAGAAGAAUACUUCAAAAUUAAUGCCCAAGAAGAACAUAUCAAAAUCCAAAAAGCUAAUUCAAAAGCGUGUUAUGAAGAAAAGUGUCUGGACAAUUACUAAAACCUCAAAAAGACGAAAUCGUGAUCGUUACGACAUGGUGAUAAUUAAUUUGACCAUUCCCAAUGGCGAGGAAUCUUAACUUGAACUAAGAAUCAGAGCUCGAAAUCGUUCCAAAAUUAGCUGAUGCAUUUUGAAUACUUAAAAAAACAAAAUAUUGAAACGUAACUCGAGGAAAAUUAAAUGUUUAACAUGGGACUAAUGUGAAAAUGUAACUAUUUAAA